AUGCACGCCCUCAUCGCCCCCAAGCUCCAUCUAUGGUGCGCGUGCAACUUGUACGAGCUCUUCAUGCGGGGGAUAGACGGUGAUAUGCCCCGCUCGCUCGAGCACGCCCUUAACAUCCGCGCUGCCCACCCAGGAGACUGGAGUGAGGCGAAGGUCAUGUUACUCGAGAAGGCGAUCGGCAGGCAUUCGCCCGAGGCGGUCCGUAUUCUUUUGGCGCAUGGCGCAGACCCCAACAGAGCGCUGAUGGAGGGCGUGUCGGUGAAAACGCUGCUUGCGGUGGUGGUCAGGAUGUGUGAUGAUGCGGUUGCUAUGGUUCCACCUUCCGCGGGUGCGGACGCUAGCUACGAGCCUGGGUUGUCUGCCGGUGGGGCAGGAGGUGCGCAGGCGGGAGGUAUGCGGGCAGAUGCGGAGUUGUGUGCGGAGGUGGUGGAGCUUUUAGUGAAGUAUGGGGCGGAGAUGACUCACCCGGGUUCGGGAUCUGGCGAAUCUUGUAGCGGGUAA